AUGUCUAGCCCAAAAAUCACGACCCCUUUUGUUCUUGUAAUCAUUUGCUCUAUCAUUAGCAAUUGUGAGUCCAAUUCUCCACCUUCUUCUUAUCCGACGUUUGAUCCUCCUCCGGAUGAUGCAUAUGUUUCGCCUGCCCCGAGUCCUGCUCAAUAUUCACCCGAACCCGCAACGCCUUCCUAUCAGAUUCCAUAUGUCCCGGCAGUACCCGCUUAUCCACCUGAACCUGCAACGCCUUCCUAUCCGAUUCCAUAUCUUCCGGCAGUACCCGCUUAUCCACCCGAACCCGCAACACCUUCCUAUCCGAUUCCAUAUCUCCCAGCAGUACCCGCCUUUCCACCUGAACCCGCAACACCUUCGUAUCCGAUUCCAAGUCCCUCAGCCGUGCCCGCUUAUCCGGAAGUACCUGCUUCUCCUCCAUUGCCUACACCCCCACCAGCUCCUAGUUCCUACCCACCAAUUCCAGCAUCACCAGCACCAUGCUCGUUGCCACCAGAACGUAAAGGAAUUAAAGGAGCAUAUUGGCCAUCGUUUGAUGGAUUUGAAGCCUCCGCCAUUGACACUUCAUAUUUCACCCACAUUUUCUAUGCAUUCCUCUUACCUGACAACGUGACUUUCAGGCUUGCUGUCACGCCAUUCGACCAACAAAAAAUACCCGGCUUCAUCGAAACCCUACGUGCCCGAAACCCGCCAGUGAAAACCCUAAUAUCCAUGGGAGGUGGGGGAGGUGAUGCUAUUGCUGCCAUAUUCGCGAACCUGUCCAGUGCUAAAGAAACACGUAAAAUUUUUAUCGAUUCAACCAUCGAAGUGGCUCGAGCAUAUGGAUUUGAUGGUCUAGACCUUGAUUGGGAAUUUCCUGCUAAUGAUCAAGAAAUGAUCAACUUUGGUUUAUUAUUUAAAGAAUGGCACGAAGCAUUGGUCCAUGAAGCUAAAACUAGUGGCAAACCACGUUUGCUACUGACUGCUGCGGUUUAUUACUCUUCACAAUUUACAACAUAUGGUCUGCCUAGAUCCUACCCUGCUGAUUCUAUCAAUAAAUAUGCUGAUUGGAUUAAUCCAAUGUGCUAUGAUUACCAUGGUUCAUGGGAAAAUUUCACAGGACCAAAUGCAGCAUUAUUUGAUCCAAACGGCAAUCUCAGCACAAGUUUUGGCAUUGGAUCGUGGAUCCAAGCCGGUGUUUCGCCGAAAAAGCUAGCGAUGGGCCUGCCGUUAUACGGCCGGACAUGGAAGCUCUCGGAUCCGAAUGUUCAUGGAAUUGGAGCAGAAACUGUAGGAGUAGGACCUGGAGAUGGGAUUUUGGUUUAUGAUCAGAUUCUUGAAUUUAACAGGCAGAACAAUACAGUGAUAAAUUUCGAUGAACAAACUGUGUCCUAUUACUCUUAUGCUGGAGGUUACUGGGUCGGAUAUGAUGAUUCUGUAUCCAUUGAUUGGAAGGUCCAGUUUGCAAGGUCUCGAGACUUGGGUGGAUAUUUCUUCUGGGCUUUGGGCCAGGAUAAAGAUUGGAUUAUCUCAAAACAAGCUUCGAAUUCUUGGGAUCGCUGA